UCCCCCACCCCCACCCCCCAGUGGGUGCAAAGGGCAGGUAUUUGGGAUCCGGACCUGGGAGCCUGCAAACGCUCAUCAUGGCCGGCUCAGAAUGGGAAUCGUUGGAGCAGUGUUUGGAAAAGUACCUGCCAGACAGAGACUUGCAGGAGGUGAAACGCAUUCUGUAUGGCAAGGAAACCAGAAAGCUGGAGAUGCCCUGCAAGGCUUUUGAAGCUGCCUUGGAAGGAGACUUUGAGCUGCAGGGAUAUGCCUUUGAGGCCGCAGAAGAGCAGCUGAGACGCCCUCGGAUUGUGCGUGUGGGGCUUGUUCAGAACAAAAUCCCCCUGCCCGCGGAUGCUCCUGUAGCAAAACAGGUCGCUGCCCUUCACAAGCGCAUAGAGAGCAUGGUUGAAGUGGCUGCAAUGUGUGGUGUCAACAUCAUCUGCUUCCAAGAGGCCUGGACUAUGCCCUUUGCUUUCUGUACAAGAGAGAAGCUGCCCUGGACAGAGUUUGCCGAGUCAGCAGAGGAUGGGCCUACCACCAGAUUCUGUCAGAAGCUGGCCAAGAAACAUAACAUGGUGGUAGUGUCCCCCAUCCUGGAACGAGAUAGCGAGCACGGUGAUGUUCUGUGGAACACGGCCGUGGUGAUCUCCAAUUUGGGAGCAGUGCUUGGGAAGACCAGGAAAAACCACAUCCCCCGAGUGGGUGAUUUCAACGAGUCCACUUACUACAUGGAGGGAACCCUGGGCCACCCCGUGUUCCAGACCCAGUUCGGGAGGAUCGCAGUGAACAUUUGCUACGGGCGACAUCAUCCCCUCAACUGGCUCAUGUACAGCAUCAACGGGGCUGAGAUCAUAUUCAACCCUUCGGCCACCAUUGGAGCGCUCAGUGAGUCCCUGUGGCCCAUCGAGGCAAGAAAUGCAGCCAUUGCCAAUCACUGUUUCACCUGUGCCAUCAACCGUGUUGGGGAGGAGCACUUCCCCAAUGAAUUUACCUCUGGAGAUGGGAAGAAAGCUCACCAGGACUUUGGCUACUUUUAUGGCUCAAGCUAUGUGGCCGCUCCCGAUAGCAGCCGCACCCCUGGGCUCCCCCGCAACCGCGACGGGCUGCUGGUCGCUGAGCUCAACCUCAACCUUUGCCGACAGAUGAGUGACAUCUGGAACUUCAAGAUGACGGGCAGAUAUGACAUGUACGCCCAGGAGCUCGCAGAAGCUGUGAAACCCAGCUACGUCCCCAACAUCGUGAAGGAGUAGCCACAGGCCCUGGCCUAAGCCCUUCUGCC